UCCUGGAGCCUCAAUCAAACAAGUGUGGCCCUCUGAAAAGCACCGUGGAAGCAGCGACCAGGACACGCACUUCAAGAGGGAGGACUGAGUGGACUGCAAGCACAUUUUGGUGUCAUUUUUGCCCACGGAAGCCAACUCACUGUGAGACGACUGCGGCCAGGCCUCUCCAGCUUCUCAAAGUGGCAUGUGGUAACUGUCUAGAGUAACGUGUCACCCGCACACACUUGACAACAGGAAGAUGACAGCCCUGCUAAUCAUUUGCUUUUGUCUGAUUUUGGGGAGCUUGGGAAAACCACAAUUCCCAGAGCAAGAGAAAGAUCCAAAGUUUUGGAACACAUGGGCUCAGCGAACCUUGAAGAAUGCUUUGACGCUGCAAGAGCUCAAUAAAAACAAAGCAAAGAAUCUCAUCCUCUUCCUUGGAGAUGGGAUGGGUGUUCCCACGGUGACAGCUGCUCGCAUACUGAAGGGUCAGCUGAAUGGACAGAGCGGAGAAGAGACGCAGUUGGAAAUGGACAAGUUCCCUUUUGUAUCUUUAUCCAAGACCUACAACACCAAUGCACAGGUGCCAGACAGUGCUGGCACAGCCACAGCUUACCUAUGCGGGGUUAAGGCCAAUGAGGGCACUGUGGGCGUGAGUGCAGCCGCUGUCCGCUCCCAGUGUAACACCACACAGGGCAAUGAGGUCACCUCGAUCCUUAAAUGGGCAAAGGACGCAGGAAAGUCAGUGGGCAUAGUGACAACAACACGCGUCAACCAUGCGACUCCUAGUGCUGCGUACGCACACUGUGUGGACAGAGACUGGUACUCUGACAAUGAGAUGCCAGUAGAAGCACUGCAAGCUGGCUGCAAGGAUAUCGCCAGACAACUGUUUGAAAACAUUCCCAACAUUGAUGUGAUUAUGGGUGGAGGAAGGAAGUAUAUGUUUCCCAAAAACAUGUCGGAUGUAGAGUAUCCUAAUAUUUUGAAGCAGAGUGGCACACGGAAAGAUGGAAGAAACCUGGUGCAGGAGUGGGUUGACAGAAUGAAGGACAAAAAAAAACAUUAUGUAUGGAACAAGACGCAGCUCUUAUCCCUAAACCCCAACAACGUGGAUUACUUACUGGGUCUCUUUGAACCUGGGGAUAUGGCAUAUGACUUGGAGAGGAACACUGAGAGUGAUCCUUCACUGACAGAGAUGGUGGAUGUGGCUAUCAAGAUCCUAAAAAAGAACCCCAGUGGAUUUUACCUGCUUGUAGAGGGAGGACGUAUUGACCACGGACACCAUGAAGGCAAGGCCAAGCAGGCUCUUCAUGAAGCUGUGGAAAUGGACCGGGCUAUUGGCCGGGCAGGUCUUUUGACCAGCGACCAUGAAACGCUGACCAUAGUUACUGCUGACCAUUCUCACGUAUUCAGCUUUGGAGGCUACACAGCCAGAGGAAAUACAAUAUUUGGUCUGGCUCCCAUGCUGAGUGAUGUUGAUCAGAAGCCCUUCACCUCGAUUUUGUAUGGAAACGGACCAGGUUACAAAGUUAUCAAUGGCGCGAGGGAGAACGUCUCUGCUGUUAAGUAUGAGGGAAACAACUACCAGGCCCAGGCAGCCGUACCGCUGAACGCGGAGACUCAUGGAGGAGAGGAUGUGGCUGUGUUUGCGAAAGGUCCCUUGGCUCACCUCCUACAUGGGGUCCACGAACAAAACUACAUCCCCCAUGUAAUGGCAUAUGCAGCCUGUAUCGGGCAGAACAGGGAGCACUGUAUGUCACCCAGCGGGUCAGCUGGAUUACGGCCAGCCUUCUCCAUUGUUGCAGUCAUUCUCUCAGCUGCGGGACUUUUGUGCUGACCUUUCCCAGACACCCAACGCUGUUAAUGCACUCACUUUAACCACUCAUUUAAAGAUUUUAAUUUGAUGAUAUUGCUUUAUUAUUUUUUAAUUUGUCUCUCCAGUAUUUUAAAUAUGGGACCACUUUUAGACACGUUUAUUUUUACGACAAUUAACUGACAAAAGUGUAGCGGAUAACUAAACAAAAUAAUCAACUCACUGUGAUGCACUGAUUUUUUUUUAAAGGGUGCUGUGGCAGAGAUCAUUGUGAAUUGUGAGAUUUCAAUUGUGAUUUUUCUAUUAACUAAGGAUUUUCAGACUCGUUCGUCGUCCUUUUUUAAUGCAGCCUGUCUCUGUUUAAAUAGACUGAAUUUGCAAAUGUCUGAAUUUCUUUCAUAUUUUAAAUGUGCAUUUAACAGUCUACCUCACAAGCUUUCAAAGAUAUGUUCACAAUUUGAAGAAUUAUUAUAAUUUGUUUUUUUGCCAAAAGAGGCAAAUGAAUGUAUAAUUGACGAUACAUUAAGAUCAUUUUUUGUCAUGCAUGUUUUUUUUUGCAUAAUUGCAAAAAAAAAAAAAAACCUGAAAAAGAAAAAAGGAAAAUCCCACCGAUGGUUCUGUCCAAAUACAAGUUUUUAAAUCUCAAAUUCAAUGAAUGAAAUGUGUCUGUUUUUCUGUCAAUCUUGUUAACAGUUUUGGUGGAACAAACAUGAUUAAGUUUUCUCCUUUUGCCCCCAUUCUCUGCCCUUCAGCUAUAUUUUUCCUCCAAAUUUUCAUUACAGCACUCUUUUCACUGACCGCUUCAAGCAUUUCAGCAGAACAAUACUAAAGUCAGAUUUAUUUACAUGUAACCAUUUUUACAAAACAAAAAAUGAAAAGCAGGCAACAGUGACAUAUGAGAAAAAUUAUAUGUUUUAGGAUGAAAAGGGACAAAUUUUCAUAAAAUGUAAUAUAUCAACACAAAGUAAAAACAUUAAAAAAUUUCAAACA